CUGCCAUGCCUUGUUCUGAAGAAGUAACCGCCGUCUCCCCCAGCAAGCGGGCCCGGCCUGCAGAGGAGGGCGGCUUGCGGCUCCGCUUUGUCCGGCUCUCGGAGCACGCCACGGCCCCGACCCGAGGGUCCAAGCGGGCCGCGGGCUAUGACCUGUACAGUGCCUAUGAUUAUAUAGUACCACCUAUGGAGAAAGCCCUUGUGAAAACAGACAUUCAGAUAGCUCUUCCUUCUGGGUGCUAUGGAAGAAUAGCUCCACGUUCUGGCUUGGCUGCAAAACACUUCAUAGAUGUAGGAGCUGGUGUCAUAGAUGAAGAUUACAGAGGAAAUGUUGGUGUUGUGCUAUUUAAUUUUGGCAAAGAAAAGUUUGAAGUAAAAAAGGGUGAUCGAAUAGCACAACUCAUUUGUGAACGGAUUUUUUAUCCAGAUAUAGAAGAAGUUCAAGUGUUGAAUGACACUGAAAGGGGUUCAGGAGGUUUUGGUUCUACUGGACAGAAUUAAAAUUUAGGUCAAGUAUAGAAAAUGAAAAUGUUACUUUUUUCUUAAAACUAAAGACUUUCCUGCUUAAAGUGUGUUAGCAUUUUGCAUGUUUGUAAAGUUAGGUUUAGCUUCUAAAAGUGUAUUUUCUUAUGCUAAAGAGUUCCUUUGUUAGUGUAUUUUCUGCAGUUUAUGGUUAUGUGUAAAUCUGCUUUGUGGUGAUCUAAUUCAAAAUUUUUUUAAAAACCAAAUAUAUGUACACCAAUUUCAGAUUUUUUUUUUUUUUAAUAUUAAAAGUAUAUGUGAAGAUAAGAAGAGAAUUCUCAGUUCUCAGUUUAGGUAGUCUCUGGGUUGACUGGGCAGAGGUUUAUAAAAUGGCCAUGGGUUGACUGGAUUUAUGUUUGUAAAGUGAAAUAUCACUUGAGAAUUUAUAGUUGAUUUGUUCCUCUGAAUUUCAUCCUAUUAAGCAAAUUUUGCUAGUUGUAUUGCUGAGUUUCUUUCACUAAAGUAGCUGUAUUUAAGAAAAUAUGCAAUUUAAUAGGUAUAAAAUAAUGUGUAGGUGUAC